AUGGCCACCUGCUGCAAGGUCUGGGGCACGGAGGACGACACACCGAGCCUAAGAGAGGCCAGCUCUCUCACAUCAGCGGCUGGUGGUUUGGAGAACAUGGGGGCUGAGCUGUUGGAAAGCCUGGAGGAAGGCCGGGACCCUGGCAGUGACUCAAGCCCUGCAGAAGUCAGGGACAGCGGGAGCAAGGCUGGCCCGGAGCCCUCCUCAGGGUGGAGGAGGAGCCUGCAGCCAGCCCUGAGGGUGAGACGCUUCUGCAGGGAGCACGCACAGCUGCUUCGAUGGAUCUGCACAGGCCUGCUAUGUACUGCAUUUGCUGCCUUCCUGCUGAUGGCCUGCCUCCUGGAUUUCCAGAGGGCCCUCACCUGUGUGGUGAGGGUCCUCACCCAUGUGGACCUCGUCUUCCUGGCCCACAGCCUGCUGAAGAGGCUGCUGGGGCCAAAGCUGCUGAGGUGUGUCAAGCCUCUGGGGCAUCCCAGCCCAAACCUCUGGUUUAAGAGGGAGCCCUUUCUAGCCCUUGCUGCUUUCCUGGCCCUGAUCCUAUGGCUGGUUCUGGACACCUCUCAGCGGCCUGAGCAACUGGUGUCCUUCGGAGGAAUCUGCAUGUUCAUCUGCCUCCUCUUUGCCUUCUCAAAGCAUCACUGCGCAAUGAGUGUAUCCUGGCGGGCUGUGUCCUGGGGUCUUGUACUACAGUUUGCACUUGGACUCUUCGUCAUCAGAACAGAACCAGGAUUUAUUGCAUUUCAGUGGCUGGGCGACCAGCUCCAGAUCUUCCUGAGAUACAGGUCCAGCUUCUUGUCUGGGGAGGCUCUGGUCAAGGAUGCCUUUGCAUUUCAGGUUUUGCCCAUCAUUGUUUUCUUCAUCUGUGCCAUGUCCGUUCUCUACUAUGUGAGCCUCAUGCAGUGGGUGAUCCUGAAGAUCUCCUGGCUGAUGCAGGCCACCAUGGGCCCCAUGGCCACGAAGACCCUGAGUGUGGCUUGAACCAUCUUUGUGAGCCAGACUGAGGCUCCUCUACUGAUCCGGCCCUACUUGGCAGACAUGACACUCUCUGAAAUCCACGUUGUCAUGACCAGAGGCUACGCCACCAUUGCCGGCAGCCUGCGGGACGCCUGCAUCUCCUUUGGGAUCGAUGCUGCCUCCUUAAUUGCUGCCUCUGUGAAGGCUGCCCCUUGUGCCUUAGCCCUCUACACAGAGGUGGAGGAGUCCAAGUUCAGGGGUGAGGAAGGAGUGAAACUGACCUACAGAGAUGCUCAAAACCUCUUAGAAGCAGCUAGCAGUGGGGCUGCCAUGUCCGUGAGGGUCGUGACCAACACUGCCAACCUGAUUGCUUUUCUGGCUGUGCUGGCCUUCAUCAAUGCUGCCCUCUCCUGGCUGGGAGACGUGAUGGACGUCCAGGGGCUCAGCUUCCAGAUACAGCUCAUCUGCUCCUACAUCCUGUGGUCAGUGGCCUUCUUGAUGGGAGUGGCCUGGGAGGGCUGCCCGGUGGUGGCUGAGCUGCUGGGAAUGAAGCUGUUUCUGAACGAGGGCGCCGAGGAGUGGGCCGGUUCCAGGAAGCAGUGGAUCUCUGUGAGUGCCACCAUCCUAGAUACGUCUGCCCUCUGUGGAUUUGCCAACUUCAGCUCCAUUGGGAUCACGCUGGGAGGCCUGACCUCCAUGGCCCCCCAGCAGAAGAGCAACUUCUCCCAGAUCAUGCUCCGGGUGCUCUGCACGGGGGCCUGUGUGUCUCUGGUGAAUGCCUGCGUGGCAGGGAUCCUGUACAUGCGGGGGGCUGAGGUCGACUGUGUGUCCCUCCUGAACACGACCCUCAGCAGCAGCAGUUUUGAGGUGUACCGGUGCUGCCGCCAGGACUUCCAGAGCACCGACCCGGAGUCCACCCUAGAGGCCCUGGACAACUGCUGUUGAUUUUAUAAUCACACCAUCUGUGCAUAG